AUGAGGGCCUCUUCACUGCUUGAGCCAGCGACGGCGAGCUUUGUCUCUCUCCUCUAUCGUUCCGCUUUUUUCGCCCUCGCACGCUUGCCCUCGGCGAUCAGUGCUGCGCAGUUCACCCCUGUUGCUCUGCCAGAUCUUGAUAUUGGGCCCUUGGGUCGAACCUCCUUGACUGGCAAUUUUGACGCCAUAAACCUGUACCAAUUCGAGGAACAGAGACCGAAACACGUCUUACCAAAUGGAUCCCGACCUCAUUCCCUCCUUUCCACGUUGCCAAACGGUGCCCUGGCUUCAGUCGCUUUGUCCGACGCAGAUAUAUUGUCACUCUGCCCGUUGAGAGCGGAUGAUGGUACGAUUACUAGUGUCGUUGUUGGGGGAAACUUUACUAGUCUGGCUGGAGUCGAGACUCACGGAAUUGCUCUUGUCGACGCAAAAGAUUUCAGUAAAGUUACCCCGAUAUCUGGUCUCUCGGGGCAGGUCUUCGCUCUGCUUUGCGAUGAGGCGAGCGGAAAUGUAUAUGUGGGCGGAGCGUUCAAACAAUCUGAAUCCCAAAAUGCUAUUAUGUGGUCGCCAAAGUCUGGCUUUUCUUCUCUUCCCUUCGCUGGCUUCAACGGACCCGUAACAGCUAUCGCCAAAACUUCUGACGGCCACGUUAUAUUUGGAGGCUCAUUUGACGGUUUGGGAAACGCGACAACACCAGCUCUGAAGGAUCAGCAGGUCGUUAAUCUCGAAACCGCAUCAAUUACUUCUGGGUCUGCGUCCAGCGAUCCUCGGAAUGCAAUCUGUAAACAGGGCAAGACGGGAGACGCUGCUAAUCCAUGGCUACUUCCAGAUAACUCCCCGGGAUUUUUGCGUGCUGAGAUGAAAUUUGGAUUCCAGCCAACGAAACUCAGGUUACGAAAUGCGCUAUCGGAUGGAAGAGGGACGAAAACUUUCCUCUUUAGGGCAGUGCCUGACAAUGGAAUAUUAAAUAUGACCUACAUCGAUCCUGCGACUGGUAACACCAUGGCUUGUGAUGCAAGAUGCCCUCUUUCCAACGAUCUGUCGGAAGCCUCUCGUGAUUUCAAAUUUGUCAAUGUAGUUGGCAUGAAUGGUUUCCAAAUCGAAGUCUCCGAGUGGUAUGGUGCAGGUGGAGGCUUUGACAGUGUCGAACUCUUUCAAGACGAUAUUUACAUUCAUGCGGUCGAUGGGUUCAACGAACCUACAUGUGCUGGAAUCGCUUCCCGAUCCCAAGCCAGCGCGACAGGCAAUUGGGCAAUUACGCCAUCUCACCAGAGCUCGUCCGAGUAUUUAACAGCCAAUGUUGCAUCGACCGAUCAGACCCCAACAUCAGUGACUUUCGAGCCAGACAUAAAGCAAUCGGGAAAUUAUUCAGUUCUCGUUUUCACUCCCGGAUGUAUUCCAGAUAAUACUUGCCCCAAGCGCGGAAUAGUAAACGUUACCGCGACUUUAUCUCCCGAUAGUGACAAACAAAUACAGACGUUCCUAGCCCAGACGAAUAAUUUUGACAAAUAUGAUGAAAUACAUCUUGGAUAUGUUGAUGCCAGUAGCCACAAGUUUCGACCAUCAGUGAAACUCGCCCCAAAAACUGGUCAGCAAGAUGUUACCGUUGUUGCCUCUCGCGUUCGAUUCCAACUCAUAUCAUCGACUGGAGGCCUGAAUGGCCUUUUCGAGUUCGAUCCGACAACCAAAGAAGUUAAUUUAGACUUUUCAAAAUCCUCCAUAAAUAAAGCGGGAACUGAUUUCAACCCCGAGGCAUCAAUAACAAGUUUAGCUAGCCGUGAUGAUACUAUUUUUGUCGGCGGUGCUUUCUCUGGUCCCUCAUCCGAGAACAUCAUGCUUUUAUCCAAGGGGAAACUUUCUUCUUUACCAGGUGGUGGCCUGAAUUCCCAGGUGAAUGCCAUGCUCUUGCUCGACGACACGCUUUUCGUUGGGGGGAAUUUCUCCGCCACAUCGGCCAAUAGCGAAGGUGGCGAUAACGAAAACAGGCUAAAUAAUGUUGCAUUACUUUCUCUGUCGAGCAGAGCGUGGAGUCCUUUGGGGGCAGGAGUAGAUGGUCAUGUGGAGUACAUAGUACAAUUUUCCGUGAAUCUAACAGAAAACCAACCGGAAAUCGCCGUUGGCAUCAGUGGAAACUUUACCCACACCCUUCCAUUUGAAGAUAAUCGUUCCGGCCCGGCUCAGGGCUUUGCGGUCUGGGUCCCUUCUAGAAAAAAUUGGUUGCAAAAUCUCGACGUUAGCCAUCAUGUUUUUACUGGAGAGCUCACCGCAACAAUUACCGACAGGAAUGUGACUACCCUUCUCGCUGGCAAUCUUGUGUCAAAGGGGCUUGCCGCUCACGAUGCUGUCGCCUUGAUGCACAAUGAUGGUCUGGGGCUUCAAUCCCUUCGUACCAAAAUUCAGCCAACGGCAGCGAAAUCAUCGCUACAAAGGAGGGUCACCUCGUCCCAAAAUGUUAGCGGUGUUGUUGCAGGACUUUUCUACAAUGGCUCAGGUCGUAAUCUCACGAUUUUGGGCGGUCACUUCGUUGCAAUUGGAGAAAAUGAUACGGUCAUUGAGAACCUACUUUUUCUUGAUGGCUCAAAUAAAAAUGCUGUCACUGGUGCUGGGCCUGGUAUUGACGCGGAAUCGAAUUUCCUAGCGAUGGCACUCCGGGAGGAUACGCUGUUCGCAGGGGGGAUUGUCAAAGGUCAUGUUUCCUCAUCCAACGUACACGGCCUAAUCACCUAUGAUCUCAAAAGCGCCAAAUACGCAUCAAGCCAACCACCUGCUCUCGAAGGUGACAACGUCGUUGUAAACUCUAUAGCUCCACGUCCAGGAUCUGAUGAUGUUUUCAUCGGUGGCCAAUUCGAGUCAGCUGGCGGACUGCCCUGUUCGAGCGUUUGCAAUUUCCAGCCAACUUCCAACCGUUGGACUGGGCUAGGUGACGAUAUCAGAGGCGUUGUUUCUGUUCUACAGUGGGCUACAAAGGAUAAACUUAUUGCUGCUGGGGAAUUCACGGUUGGAAAUAAUGCGACAACUUUAGCUAUCUACAAUGCAGUAUCGCGAACUUGGUCUUCAGUCGAUGGAGCAUCAUCUAAAGAUGUUAUUGCAGGUCCCAUUACGGCAUUUGGCCUUUCUAGGGAGGAUGGCUCCCGCUUUUGGGUCGCUGGAAAGUCAGCUGAUGGUUCCCCAUUCUUGGCCUUUUAUAAUGGUUCAAAAUUCCGCUCACCUGGUCCAAUUUUGGGGAAGGAAUCUACAAUAUUCGGAAUCCAGGUUAUUGGCCUACGAAAAGAACAUGACGAAACUGAGAUGCUUGAUAAGGACCAAGUGCUCCUCAUUACUGGUCAACUCGAAAUUCCAGACUUUGGGAACGCGUCCGGUGCGCUCUACAACGGAACCACAUUGACGCCUUUCGUUCUAGCUUCAAUGACAGACGGUCAACCAGGCAUCGUUACAGAACUAUUCUCUGAGAAUAAAAAUACGUUUAGAGGUGGCCGUCGGCCACAUUCUAGAGGAAUUGUCAUUCUGGUGUCCUUCUGUAUUGCGCUGGGUUGUGUAUUCUUGAUUGUUUUAAUCGGAAUCAUCCUGAAUCGCAUCCAGCGUCACCGGCAAGGCUAUGUCACUGCACCACGAGGCACAGACCGACGACCGGAUCUUCAACGUGUCCCUCCUGAACAUCUCUUGGAUUCCCUGAGACAACGGGCAUCAGGGGCGCCAGUCAUGUGAGCGCUAUGCCCCAGCUUCGUACGUGUUUGGAAAUAUUUUUUUAUCUUUCCACAUCUUCGUUUUUUUCUUUUUCCUUUUUUUUUCGAAUUAUACCAUGGCGUCUGGGCGGGAAGGAAAAUACCCUUUCGAGCAGAUUUUAAAGCUUGGCGUUUGCUUUUUCGCUCUCUUUAUUCUUGUCUCUUUUCUUUCUCAUUUGUCAUCUCUCUCUUUUGUGAGCAUUCUGUACGAUUUCUCUCUUCCUUUACACCGUCUUAUCCAUCGGACAUUACCUAUGUCCUUAGUACCUCAGCAGCAAGGUAGACCCGUAGCAUAUUAGCUUUGUCUCCUCUCCCGUGUCGAAUAUUCUUCUAGCCACAGAACAGUCGU